AUGGACAACGCAGCCAACAGAUUUAAUCCCGACGAGGCUGCCGCUACUCCGACAACAGACGAUGACGACUUCAAGAUCAAGGGUGCCGCUCGUCGUGCCUUAAAGAGUGGCAAGGCCUCAGCGCCCGAGGACUGCACCAUCUGUCUCCAAACCAUCACGGAACGAGCGAUAGCUGUACCGUGCAACCAUCUCACAUUCGACUUCAUUUGUCUGGUGUCAUGGCUACAGCAGCGCAAGACCUGUCCUUUAUGCAACGCGACCAUCACAGCCGUCGAAUAUGACUGGCGCGGUCCGCACGACUACAAGGUCUUUGAAGUGCAAUCCACCGAGCGAGAGCCAAGGAGAAUAGACGACUCUGCAUCUCAACGAAUGCGGCUGCGCAGUCAUCGUGACUCUCGAGGUCCAAUCAAUCAAAGUCGCCCGUCUAGUCUCCCAUUGAGGACACACGAAGAUCCAGCUUUGUCCCGAAGGCGUAGAGCCUAUCAACAGCGCCUGUACUCUCAGCAUAUUGGCGCAAACGCCAUCUCCGGUUAUCGAGACUUUACACCGAAGGAUUUCGCCGGCUCCACAUCUCUGCAAACUCGCGCGCGUAUCUUCCUCCGCCGCGAACUACAGCUCUUCAGCCAUCUUGACUCAGACCGCGGAGUGCGCAACCGAGACUUCGUUCUGGAAUACGUCGUCGCCGUGCUGAGGAAAUUCGAUCCCAAGGGCGCAGAUGGGCAGGCUGAAAACUUCUUGGCCGAGUUUCUAGACCGUGCGAAUGCGAGACUACUGCUGCACGAGCUUCACGCGUGGCUGAGAAGUCCCUUCGCCACCCUCGAAGGCUGGGAUCAGAGUGUGCAGUAUGCGACAGACAUUGAGAAAUCCCUCCCGGCUGCCAAUGAUGCUGGCUAA